AUGCGGAGGUCAACUUCCACCCCUCGCCCUCGGCGUCGCGGCUCUGCUGCCCAGCGCAAGGAGCCGCUGCCGCCAUUCCCUGUCCAGCAGAUGUUUGUGCUAGCAUGCUGCCGACUGUGUGAACCCAUUGCUUUCAUGUCCAUCUUCCCCUACAUUUACUACAUGAUCGAGGACUUUAAAAUUACCGAAGAUCCGAACAAGAUUUCCGUUUACGCCGGCAUGGUUACUUCUGCAUUCACUUUGGCCGAGUUUGCAACUGGUGUUAUGUGGGGAAAGCUGAGUGACAAGAUCGGACGAAAGCCUGUGCUUCUCAGCGGUCUCAUCGGCACAGCCAUCAGUGUUCUCAUCUUUGGUUUCGCUCCUAGCUUGCCCGUCGCCCUCUUUGCCAGGGCAAUGGGCGGCCUUCUCAAUGGAAACAUCGGUGUAUUGCAGACAACCGUGGCUGAGCUCGUGACGGUCAAGGAACAUCAACCUCGCGCGUAUACUAUUAUGCCCAUGGUUUGGUGUAUUGGCUCCAUCAUUGGACCCAUGAUUGGCGGUGCCCUCGCUCGACCAUGCAUCAGCUAUCCCGACUACUUCCCCCGCGGCUCAAUUUGGGACCAGUACCCCUAUCUCCUUCCCAACCUUUUCAGCGCGGUGACUGUUCUCUUUGGUGUUGUUGUGGGCAUCCUCUUCUUGGAGGAGACUCACCUUGGCAAGAGGGGCGAGAAGGAUCGCGGUCGUGAGAUUGGUGACCGAAUCGCUGCGUUCUUCAACCGGGCCACGUAUGGCCGAGCUGAUAAGCCUGAGAAGCAAAGCCUUCUCGAUGACUGCGAACAAGCUGGAUACAACACCCUUUCCGACUCUUCCGAUUCUGAUGCGACGAAGCUUUCCCGCUCCGGAGAGCGACUGCCGGAUUACCGAAGCCGGGAGACGUCACCUCGAACUACAUCUCGGGGCAGCACGGAGCACCAAGCUGUGUCCACCAUCGAGUCCUCUGAGGCGCAGCCCGAUCAACCCACUGUGAUCUUCACCAAGCCGGUCUUGAUGAACAUCAUCUCUUACGGCAUCCUCGCAUUCCACACCAUUACUUAUGAUCAGCUGUUCCCAGUAUUCUUGAGCACCGCCCCUCCCAAGGAGCCCGUUCUCGAGCUUCCUUUCAAGUUUGUCAACGGAUUCGGUCUCGAGACAAAGGCCAUUGGCGUCAUCAUCUCCAUUCAAGGCUUCUACUCUUUGCUGUCCAACUACCUGAUUGUGACACCCAUGACCCGUCGACUGGGACCUCUGCGUCUGUUUCGCCUGAUUGCCUUCUCCUACUUCGCCCUCUACUUCGUCACGCCCUACGUGGUGCUCCUCCCAGAGAGCCUAAGGAUGCCGGCCAUCUACCUGUUGGUUAUCUGGAAGUGUACCUUUUCGACAAUGGCGUAUCCCAGCAACGCAAUUUUGUUGGCCAACUCGGCCCCGAGCAAGCAAGUCCUCGGUACGAUCAAUGGCGUUGCAGCCUCCACGGCCAGCUUGUGCAGAGCUCUGGGACCUACUCUUUCUGGAUUCCUGUAUGCCAUGGGCUUGCAAUCUGGCUAUUCGGGUCUCGCUUGGUGGUUUAGCGGACUGAUCACCAUCGUGGGUGCCUAUCUCAGCACCCAGAUCACUGAAGGAACCCAGCCCCCAGUUUCGGGAGAGAUGAUCGAGACUGAUGAAUCUCUUAACGAUUAUGAUGACGAUGAAAGCGUUUAA